UCACUCGCACUCGGCGGUUGUCAUGGCGAUGGAGUCAGCCUCGGCGUCGGCUCCGGGGGUCGUUGCCAUGGAGAUGCCGAUGCGCGGUGCGCUCCCGGUGGUGGAGGAGGACGAGGGCUGCGGCGCGCCGCCGGGGUCCGAGGAGCGACUGCGGUACCGGCGACGUGGAGGCGGGCGGCGGCGCGGGCUGCCGUUCAACCGGGCCGGCCACUACCUGCUGAUCGUGGUCGGCGAGAUCGGCACCGAGCAGCAGCUGCGGGCCGCCAGGGCGCAGGUGGAGCGGGGAAUUCGAUCAUGGGACGUCGACCUCAAGUGCUGCGACCUUGAUCAGCAGCUGCAGCUGUUUAUAUCCCGCCACUCCGCCCACUUCUCCUCAGAGGUCAGAGGACAAAGGACUCUCCACCACAGAAGUGAUGUCCUAGAGACGGUGGUGCUCGUCAACCCUUCAGAAGACACUGUUGUUUCAGAGAUCCAGUCUCUAGUUACAGACUCAGCAGCACAAAAGCUCCUGGUCUUAAGUGGCCAGAGCUCAGAUCACGGUGGCCUUCUUCUUCAAACUGGGGUUUUCACCUACCAGACCUUUUCACGUGUCUUUACUGAUCCUGGGGUCAGUGAAUUACUGGGCACAACAGCCCCCAAGCAGCAGGCUACACUCACUGUGUCCUGCCGCGGGGAGGUGGGCUGGUGCUCCCUGGGACAGCAGCAGACCCUACGGGAGUUCCUGGACUACAAACUAAACCCUGAACCUGUUCUCCCCAAGAUGGAGGGCGUCAGCGAGUUCACAGAGUACAUCUCUGAGACGGUCGAUGUCCCUUCACCCUUUGACCUCCUGGAGCAACCUACUUCUGGAGGCUUUCUGAAACUGUCCAAGCCAUGUUGCUACAUCUUUCCUGGCGGACGAGGAGACUCUGCUCUCUUUGCUGUGAAUGGCUUCAACAUUUUAGUGGACGGAGGAUCUGAAAGGAAAUCCUGCUUCUGGAAGCUCGUCCGUCACUUGGACCGCAUCGACUCAAUUCUACUCACACACAUUGGAGCUGACAAUCUCCCGGGUAUCAAUGGCCUUCUUCAGAGGAAGAUAGCAGAACAGGAGGAGGAGCAGUCUCAAGGUUCCACCAACUAUAGCGACUGGAUGAAGAACCUGAUCUCCCCUGAACUAGGCGUGGUCUUCUUCAAUGUACCAGAGAAGCUUCGUAUGCCAGAAUCGAAUCUCAAAGUGAAACGCAGCAUCGAAGAGGCCUCACUAACUCUGCAGUACCUUAGCAAACUAGGAAUCAAACCCGAGCCACUCUUUCGAGUGGUAAGCAACACUAUUGAGCCCAUCACUCUGUUCCACAAAAUGGGAGUGGGCAGGUUGGACAUGUAUAUUCUCAACCCUGUCAAAGACAGUAAAGAGAUGCAGUUUUUAAUGCAGAAGUGGGCUGGCAACAGCAAGGCCAAAACUGGUAUUGUGCUGCCCAACGGCAAAGAAGGAGAAAUAUCUGUGCCCUACCUGACAUCGAUUACAGCCUUAGUAGUCUGGCUCCCCGCCAAUCCUGCAGAAAAGAUUGUCAGAGUGCUGUUCCCAGGGAAUGCACCACAAAACAAGAUCCUGGAGGGGCUAGAAAAAUUAAAGCACCUUGACUUCUUGCGCUACCCCGUAGCUACGCAAAAGGACAUUGCCUCAGGAGCUCCUCCCUCUGUUGUAAAACAAACCAAGUUAAAACAAAGAACAGACAGCAAAGAGAGUCUGAAAUCCUCCCCGAAAACUACUGCAAAGGUAACAAAGAAAGACACUGAUGGACAAGAUGAUGUGUCAGCCGCCACAGAGGCAAAGAGCGACUCCGUGAAGGAAAACAUAUCAGUGAAAAAAGAGGAGAAUAAGUCUACCAAGACUAUAAAAUCUAAAGCCGAUGUUCCAGAGAAGAAGAAACUCUUGAAAGAAAAAUCCUUAAAAAAGCACCCCAAGGAAAGGGGGUCCAAAAUGGAUGAGAAAAUGGACAAGGAAAAGAAAGAGAUCAAGAAAGUGAAGAAAGACGACUCUGCUAAAAAAGAUGACAAGAAAGAUUUUAAAUCCAAAGACGACAAAAAGAAGGACACACCCAAACCUGAGCUGAGAAAAAUGACAAAGCCUGACCUAAAACCACUCACACCAGAAGUCAGAAAGACAUUACAUAAAGCUAAAGUGUCGACUAAAGCCAGAGCUGGAAAAGUCAAAGGAGCAAAGGCUGAACCUGCUGAACCCAAACCAGAGGAGACAAAACCUGCAACAAUUCAACCUGAACCAAUAGUGAAUGGAGCAGUUGAGGGCAUCUCUGCUCCCUCCACACCUGAAGACCUCACCAAGGAUUUUGAUGAACUGAAAAAAGCUGAGGUUGUAGCUGUAUCAGCAGAACCACCAGAGAGUAUUGAAGAUUCAUCUGAGCCAACCGCACAAGAUAAGGACGAAGCACAAGAAACUGUAUCUGAAAUUGCUGCUGUCAGAAGGUCUCCAGAAAAAGAGGCCCCAGCCCCAGAAGAGAAAGCUGAAGUUGAAGACAAAGACAAGGAAUCGAGAGAGAGGGAAUUAGAAGAGGCACAAAAGUUUGAAGAUGAGGGAGCGGCAACUCAGGAUGAGGAAGAGGAAGAUGAGGAAGAAGAGACCCCAGCUGCCAAAAAGAUAACAGAAGAGGAGGAGGAGGAGGAGGAUAUGGGAAUAGGUGAAGAGGAAGAUGAAUCAAAAUGGAAGGAGGCAAAGCAUGAUGAACUUGACAGAAAACAUGAGAUAGAAGAAAUGGAGAAAUCUGAAAAUCUCUCAGCUGUAGCAAGAGAGGAGCUUCGAAUGACUCCAUCCAAGGAGGAGCAAGAGGAAGAGGAGGAGGCAGUAGGGAAAGCUGAACUGGAGGAGGUGGAAGAUUUAGAUGUAAUAGCAGAUGAAGAGAUCAAAGUCAAACCCGAAGAUGAGCUUGAAGAACAAAUUGUCACUGAAAGACAAACUGCUGAACACUCGACCGCAGCUAAAUAUGAGGAAGAAGAGGAGGAAGGCUACCUGUCACAUGUUGGAGGAGCCACAGCUCCCAUAACCUCAGUAGCUCUAGGGGCUGCUGCAGCUGAACCCAUCUCCUACAUCCAGGACGAAACCAUCCCUGGCUAUUCUGAGACAGAACAGACCAUAUCUGACGAGGAGAUUCACGAAGAGGCAGAGGAGAGGAUACCACACCUUCAAUAUGAUGUUGGUGCCUAUGACAUCUCUGUUCCAGAUCAGACAGAAUCAUUUGUAAACAUUCAUGGCAUGAGGGAGAUGCAAGCCGCAGCUAUGACUGAGAAAGGGUUCAUCCCAGUUGUGCAGGAGCAAGUAUCUGUGUUCACAAACAUCAUGACUGCGCCUCUGGCAGAAGAGGAGCAUGUGUCUUCUGCAACGUCCAUCACAGAGUAUGACAAAAUGUCCUCCUUCCCCACUUCUAUUGCUGAAGAUCAAUCUGUGGCAACUGUUGCAGCACAUCAGGCUGGGGAACCACCCAAAACACCUGAUCCCCUGGCCAGCCCACCUGACGCUACACAAGGCAAAGAGCAACUGCUCUCUGCAGGAAGUCUAUCACCACCUUCUUUAGAAGAUGACAAACAAUCCAAGUCUCCAUCUGACGACAUGCACCUUCCGGUUGCAGAAGUGAAGACGCUGGAUAAAGUUCCUGAUGCUCGUGAUGUGGAGGAAGAAGAUGAAAAUGAAGAAGAGGAGGAUGAGGAAGAAGACCAAACUCCUAAUGUGGAAAUUUCACUUGAAAAACUCCAAGAGGGCUAUUCUUCAUUCCAAAUAUUACAGGAUAAAGAGAAAGAAUUGGAAAAGCUUGCUGGUGAAGUAUCUCCUGUUUCAAAGUCUGUACAAGACACCAAACCAGUCCACUUGCCAGUUGAAGAGGAAAAUUUUGAUGAAUUUGCACCCAAAGAUAUUUCAUCUGUUGUGCCCACCAGACCUUUUGGAUCAGACUCAGUAACUUCAGAGAGCGAGGAGCGUUGCUUCAGUCCUGAUGAUAUCACUGUGAAAAUGGCCUCCCCUCCACAUUCUGGUCCAUCAAGUGCAGCCCCCUCUCCAAUUCGUCAGUCACCAGUGGAAGACAAAAUGAAGGUUUUCCCUGAUUUGCAGUUGCAAAAGCAAGAAGAUCUCCCCAAUGUGGUCACUGCAUCUGAGGACAAAACUAAACAGAAAGAGGAAACAGAAUCAGAGAUACAAAAAGAUGUGGCCAAACAGAAAGCCGAUCAGCAUGAAGUAGAAGCUGUGACAUCCUUGGACAAACCAUUAGAAAAGGACAUAAAAGAGGUUCCAGUGAUGAAGGUGCCUGAAAAAGACACUUCACCAGUGCCAAAAGAUGAAGGCAAAGAGACAGAAACAAUCCCUGUUGUAUCUGUACCUUUAAAAGAAGUUCAGCCACCCGUGUUAGAGAGGGAUUCCCUCAUCGUAUCUGGACAUGAUGAAGAUGUGCAAAGAAAUUUAGAAUCUAAAUUGCCUGCUACGCGUAAAUUUCCAGAGGGGGACAGUCAUUUCUUAGGAGAUGAUGAUGAUGAUGAUGAUGAGAACAAAAAAGAUGACAAUGAUGAUCAUUAUGAUGAAUCUGUAGUUAAAACUGUCAAGGUGGAACCUGAGAAAGAAAAGGAGGACACCUCCUUCUUCAUUAAAGAAGAUGUUUUCACCAUUAAGCCUAGCAUGGAUGAAAAAGCAGAGAAAGAGGCAGUAAAGGAUGACCCCUCCGUUAUUAAAAGUGUCAAAGAAGAGCAAAUUGCAAAGGACUCUGUCACUGUUGAUAGAGCCCUUAAAGAUGAACAAAAAGAGUCGAGAGAAGACCGUAAGGUUGAAGUCAAAACUACCAAAGAAGCAGAGUUCGAAGUUGUCGCUUUUGAGGCAAAACAAGUCGAAGACGAGCAGAAGCAAAAAGUGACAAAAGAAGAUGCUGGUUUUGACCUCAAAACUAAAGAUGAGGUUAAGGUGACAGAUGUUAAGAAGGACGAUGUGGCUGAUAGUGAUGUUUUGAAAGACAAGGAGAAGAAAGACACAGAAAAGGUUGAUUCGUUUGGCAUUAGCUCUGAAAAGACUGAAGAAAAAGAGAUCGAAACAUGGGACAUCAAACUGAUCGACGAUAAGAAAGAGGAGAAACAGAAGGAAACAAUAGAUGUUUCUGCUCCCAAGCCCUUUACAGAUGAGCACAAGGAAAGUGAGGAAGAGAAAGAGGUGGGUGAUAUCACUGUUACUAAACUCACCAAAGAAGACAUUUCUGUUAAGGAUGAUACCUCUGAUGUGACCAUUAAAGUAGAAAAGGGGCGAGAGAUUUGUGAGGAUGCUAUCUCAACCAUCAUCCUCACUACGACGGAGGAAGGGGAUGUAAUCGAUUCCAAUGAUGACACAAGCACAAAGGUUGACAUUUUUGUUGCCAAACCCACCCCACAAGACGAAAAAGAGAUUUGUGAGGAUGCUAUCUCAACCAUCAGCCUCACUACGACGGAGGAAAGGGAUGUAAUCAUUUCCAAUGAUGACACAAGCACAAAGGUUGACAUUUUUGUUGCCAAACCCACCCCACAAGACGAAAAAGAGAUUUGUGAGGAUACUAUCUCAACCAUCAGCCUCACUACGACGGAGGAAGGGGAUGUAAUCAUUUCCAAUGAUGACACAAGCACAAAGGUUGACAUUUUUGUUGCCAAACCCACCCCACAAGACGAAAAAGAGAAAGAUAUCAGUAAAGAUAUUUGUGCUGGCAAAUCAGUAGAAGAAGAAAAGGAGAAAGCAGUGGAUAAGGGGGAAACAUUCACUUUCAAACCAUCCGAGCAAGGAGAGGUAACAGUUCAGGACCAUAGCGCUGAUAUCAAGCCCAUAAAGGAAGAAAAACAUACAGUGCAAAUUAAGGAAGAAUUGUCUGAGAAAGAAAGCAAAGACACCAGUGGAGUAAAACCCCUCAAAGAUGAGGAGAAGACUGAGUUGAAAGAAGUUACACAUGAUGUAAAACUCAUCAAGGAGGAGGCAAAAGAAACACCAAAAGAGGAAACUUGCUAUGCACAGUUUGAAGUUCAAGAAGAAGAAAUGGAAAAACAGAAAGAAAAGAGCAGUAUUUCUGACUCUGUAUCCAUUAGAGAGCAGAAGGAAACGGACAUUGUUGAUAGUUCUGUCAAAAUCUCAAAGGAUGACAAAGAGGCGGAAAAAGGAGACAUUCCUGACAAACCAAUAACAGAGGAGGCGAAGGAGCAGGAGAAGGGUGACAUCUCUGACCACAAACCCAUCAUGGGGGAAUUUAAGUGUAAAGAAUCGGAAAAGGAUGAUGAGAAAGACUCCACUGCAGAGCAGCCCAAGGAUGCGCAAGAGAAAGAGCCAACCAAAGUUGAAACCAUCAAGGAGGAAUUGAAAGAUGCUGUCAAACAAGUCAGUCAUGAGGCUGAAUCCAUCAAAGAGGAGACACUAACUGACACUCCAACAUUAAUGGCCGAAGACGAGAAAAAAGGGGAAAAAGAUUAUUCUUUUGAGUCAGAACCCAAGGGGGAUGAUAGAAAAGAGGUAGCUCUCUCAAUGGUUCAGACCUUAGAAGAUGAGCAGACUAAAAAGGAUGAUAUCCGUGACAUUAGUGAAAAACAUACAUAUGAAGAAACUUCUGCUAAUCUUCCUGGUGCUCAGGCAGAAAAGGACACUUGUGGUGCUGCAUCAGUAGAAGUGCAACACGACCCCUCCGUAACAAAAUCAAGGGAAGACCUGAAACCAGCAGCCGACGACAUUACUGUGUCUCCCCAUCACAUCACGGUGGAGAAAGAGGAACAAGGUAAAGAAGCAAAGGUCAUUGUUAGUCAUGAAGAGAAGACAGAGAAAGAAAAAGAUGACACCCAUGUUGCUGAGCUGAGCAAAGAGCAGAAGAUGGAAAAGGAGCAAGAAAAAGAGUACAGCUACGAGACUGAAGACAACAAAGAUGAAAAAACAAAACCAGCAGAGGAAGAAAAGAUACUUAAAGAAAAGUAUGUUGCUCACACAAAGACUGAUGAGAUCGCAGAAAAAGAAAAGUAUGACUCCCCUGAUGCAGAGCACACCAAAGAGGAGAAGUGGGAGCGAGAGGAAUUACAGGAGAAAGAAAAGGACAAAACCAGUAAACAACCUGCACAGACAAUAUCAGAAGAAGCAGUGACAACCAAGUCAGAUUUCAAGCCUCCAUUUGUGGUUCAGUCCUCUGAUGAAGACAGAGAAGAUGAAGAGGAGGAGGACAUCUGUAUGGGAGGAGCAGGCUCCAGACCUUUGUCAGUGGAGCCGACAAAGUCAGACCAUGACACCUCCUCUGCCGGUCUGCCUAUAUCUGACACUGCACUGACAAGUGACCACACUGAACCGCGAACAUCAUAUCAGACCACAGUGAUCAUUCCUACACUUAUAAUGCAGGAGCCCUCUAUUGAUGAGGACGCAAAAGAGGUUGUCAAGGAAGAAUCCAGUCUUUCACCUGGGACAGACAAAGAUGUGAAAACAGAAACCCCAACUGCACCUCUAGCUAAGCCAGAGCCCUCCUUUGAUAUUGUCAUAAAGGAGGAGAUGGCUAUUAUUCCAAAACAAGAACCAGCUCAAAUCCCAGCUGCUAAAGCAGAACCAGUGUUAGACUUAACUGAGAAAAAGCCUACGUUGACCACAGUAUCAAGUACAGACAGUCAACCCAGGAGCUGUACCCUUUCGAGCACAGAGAGCCAGUCCAGUGAGGAGCAAAUACCACAACAAGAGAAACAGGUCCCGUGUCAGGCGAGCCCAGGAGUUAUUGCUACAGAAAAGACAAAGCCAAGUGAGAAACCAGGGAAAGAAGCCGAAAGGGAGAUGGAAGGAGAAAGAGAAAUGGCUUCUCCAGGAUUUUCACGGCCUUGUCCAUAUUUUAUGUUGGACAAAGAGGACGCUCAGGAUGCUAGACACACUGAUGCUUUGAAAUUAGAGAAUAUCACCUCAGAGAAGGAGAUGGUCAGUGGAAACCUACCAGACGAAGAGCAAACCUUUGGUGCAUCCAAGUAUGAUCCGUAUGAAAAGCCCAUCCCCAAAGAUCAUGACGUGGACUCGAGGGACGAGAGCGAUGGUUUUGAUCACACCACAGACAUCGAUAUUGAUGACAACAGAAGAACAAGCCAAGAAGAGGCUGGCGGAGCCAUGUUCCUCCUUGAUGAUCAAUACAAAGAAGAGCCUUUGUCCUUUAGCAGGGUUGACUACAGCCCGGUGUCCCUCACAGAGAGUGAAAGAAGCAGCCACCACAGUCGAAGCGCCUCCCCUAAAUAUGAAAACAGAGAGAAAGGCCAAGAGGAGGAGAGUGAGAGAGAAGAAAGACCAGAUACACCUUAUGUUGACAAGAGCUUCUCAUCCAUAGACAUGCAAGACAACAAAAUGUCCCAAGCUGCCGAGUCUUAUACUUUCUCUCCCAAAGAGGACAAACCUGAGAAAUCUGAGAAGGAGAAAGAAGAUAUGGAGGAAGGUGCUGUAGCAGCAUUCGAGCCUGGGGCAACAGGAGAAAGUGCUGCAGCAGCCAUUCAACCAGCAGGCGCAUCACUAAGACAAGAGACACCCUCUCCCUCGUCGAGCCAAUCUUAUCUUGGUACCCAAGCUUCAGCUCCUCCUGUGGCCUUUGAAGAAUUCACAGAGAAGAAAACCACGGAAAAAGAGAGGGAAAAAUCAGCUGAGUCACUGAAAGACAAAAUGGAGUCCUCUGAUCACGAAAAAGAGGGCUCCCCGUCUGGUCGGCACUCGCCAGCGGAAAAAGACAUUUUACCUCAUCAAGCGUCACCGUUUGUGGAAACGUCAGCUGACUCAAGGGCUGCCCCUGCCACCACAUUUGUAGGGCAUGAAAUAGAUGAUAACGUCCUUGCCUCCGACUACAGUCAAGUUAGCAGCUCUGCCACUGGUAGAUCCAUGUUAGACUUUCCUGAGGGAAAGGAGAGCCUUAUAGAUAAAAGGUUACUCGUUGAGGGGGAAGACUUCACUGUUGAUGAUGACGAAGACGAAGACGAUGAUGAAGAGGAAGAAGAAGAGGAGGAAGAGUUGAGUGAUGUAGAUAUGGAAAAGGGUGCAAGAGAGCAAUCUGAAAAAGAAAUAUGCAGACGUAGUUCUGACGAUAGUGCUAAGUUAACAGAGACAGAGGACUCUAAUAAGAAAUCUCAGUUGCCUGAAUCAAGCUACCUUAAACACGAAACCAUGUGUAAACCAGCACCUGAAGAUGCCUCAGGUUCCAAAGUCAUAGGGACAGACAAGCAGGAUGUAAGUGAAAAACCACCAUCCCCUGACACAACAACAUUCAAAGAAGAGGACAGGACUAGCGAUACAGCUAAAUCCAAACCAACCGAGACAAAGGGCGAAGAUGUAGGCAAAACAACUGCAUCACCAGCACCCAGUGCUCACAAAAUGGAUGAUAGCUGUGCUGCUUCACUUGAUGCCCCAAAAGAUUAUGAAACAAAGAAAGCAGAGGAUACAGACAAAAAGCAUUUGUCCCCCGAACCAACCACAAAGAGAAGGUUGUCAUGGGCAGAGGAUGUAACCUCCUCAGAGUCAAAAAAAGGAGAUGAAGACAAAGGGUCCCCAUCUCCAAGCUUUUUGGCAACGUGUCAAUCAAAGACCGCAAGCAGCUUGACAGGCAGCUCUUUGCAAACUGAUCACUCAAAAUCCAAGCCUUCAUCUAGUCCCUCCCCUCCACUAACAGGCAGCUAUGCUGAUAUAGGACAGAGCAGAUCUGGAGAUUAUUCUGAGCAUUUGUACAGUGAACACAGUCGGGUAGAAUCGAAGGAGGAUAAGACACAAACACCCAUGUUCUCAGAUGCCUCCCAGCAAUCCCAGCCAAGUGAUGAUAAAUAUUACAGCCGAAGAGACAUCCAAGGAGAAAGUCUAGAUGAAAGGCAGACCCUCGACAUCGCCACAAAACAGGAGGAAACUACCUCAUCCGCUUGCACAUACAGCAUGUUAACAUACUCUUCCACAUCGUGUAGUUACUUGUCCUCAGCGUCAUCUUCUGCCCCUUUUAGUCAAGAGCCUGGGGAGAAAGUUGAAACUUCCGCAACACUAUCCAGCUCUGAGGCACCUCUUGUUAAAGAGGAGCCAUCCCUCACAAAAAAACCUUCAAGCUCCUGCUUUGGGGGAUUUCAGAGAGAUGAGUACAUGGAGGUGACAAUGAAACCUGCAACAAAAAUGUCUUUACUCAGCCAGUUUGAGGAGACCACAUCAUCAUCUCCCGUCCCGUCCACCACUGCCAAACAGACGGAGGAUCAGAUUGGCUCUACAAAGUCAAGCACUGAUAGUUUUUAUAUGCUAGAAACGAAGAUGACAACAUCCACCACAUCGCCGCCUCGACAGCUCACUGAUCCGGUGAAGAUGUCAGAGAGUUUAACCACAUCAGAGGCUCGCUUUGACGUCUCUCCCCUCCAAAGGGCUGACUCCUCCGACAGGGGGUCUGCAGAAGAGGAGGAGCCUGUUACACUUGAAAUGGAGGACAGCACCCUACCAUGUCGUAUUGAAUGUCAAAAAAUCAAAGUGGCUGAACAAAAAGAAACCUUUUCCUCAACAACUGUGGUAGAAAGUACCACACGUGCCACAGAAACAAAGACUGUCACAAUCACCUCUACGGCUGUUGUGUCUCAACCUGACGUGGUUUUGCAAACGACUCAUCAGACUGCCUCGGUUACUCCGCUGGGUGACAGUGGAGCUAGCAAAACCUCAUGUGCCACAACAGACGAGUUCAAAGAGAAAAAGGAGAAGACUUCGGAGUCAAGAGGAGAACAAAUAAAUGGAGCUACAUCUGCAUCUAUGAAGGAAGAUGCAAAGGUGGCGGAAAAAGAAACGAGUGAAAAAGGUCAAAAGACCGAGCAGAAGACAGAGGAAAAGAAACUAGAAGAAAAGACAUGUAAAGACAGCACAGAAGAGAAGAAAGCUACAACUGACCCAAAGAUGUGUGAAAGAGCAGACGUUGGGGCGGUAAGAGAGACGGAAACUGUAGAAGAGAAAAGCCCGUUGGAUAAGCCACCAGAGAGGUUAGAAAUUAGAAGAAAGAGCAGUAUAUCUGAUUGGGAGUUACUACAGAGGCCUGAUGAUUGCCCAAGUGCCCCUCCUCCGGGUUAUGGUGAUGAUGAGGCGGAAGAGGAGACAAUGGAAACAAUGGAAUGGAUGUCCAGUUUCCACAGUACCUCGAUGUCCACCUCAAAGGAUACCCGCCACACAGGAGACGUGAAGACUGCUCGUCCCUCGGACUUAAACACUGGUGCCACCUCCUUCUCUGCCUCCCCUCCAGAUUACUCCUCGUGCGAAUAUAAACAUCGCAAAGGAGAACUUUCUCCGUCGUUCAUCAAUCCCAGUCCUCAUCAACUCUCCAGUGAUGAGGGCGAUGGGGGGGUCUCGAGUGACCCGGACGGGGACGUGGGCGAGGAUGAUCAGGAGCAGCACUCUGUGAAAAGGAGGUCACACAAGCAGAGGCACCACCACACUCAGAGUAACACUGGAGACACUGGACAGGGGCCUCAACAGCUCUCCGGAGCCAUGUCAUCUGGUUUGGCUGUGACGUUAGCUGGAGAGGAAACACCUCCGACAUCGGUGAGUGAAUCACUGCCGUCACAGUCGGACUCUGAUGUCCCUCCAGAAACUGAGGAGUGUCCAUCCAUAACAGCUGAAGGAAAUCUGGACUCAGACGAAGACGCCGAACACCUGCCAGUGGACAAAUCAUCUGCAUCUGGAGCUGGAGGAGGCCACCACCCUCCAUCACCGAGAUCAGCGCAGAGGACUCAUGAUCCCCUCCCCACUUCAAUGAAGGACCCUCAUCCUCAUCCUCCCCACCCAGAUGUGUGCAUGGUAGACCCAGAGGCUCUCCUCAAUGACCACAGCAGCACAGAGAAACUUCUCAAGAAGGAGCACAAGACUACCAAGGGCCUCAGAAAGGGCAAACCCAAGUCAGCCUCCCCCGCUCGUAAGGGAGACGUUCGGAAGAGGUCCUCUACUCCAGUAAAGCAGACUAAGGACUCUGCCUCACCACGAUCAGCCUCCCUAAGAAGGAAGGACACAGACAGAAGCUCCAGGCUGAUCAAGAUGUCUGACAGUCAAGGCUCCAAGAGCGAGAUCCUCAAUGCAGGGAAAGGCUUGGUCAACGGUGUGAAGAGCAGUUCAGGUAACAACUCACAAAAAACAAGCUCAGCCGUCCCCCCUGGACCGCCUGUCUACGUUGACCUGGCCUACGUGCCCAACCACUGCAGUGCUAAGAACGUGGACCAGGAAUUCUUCAAAAGAGUGCGGGCUGCAUACUAUGUGGUGAGCGGGAACGACCCGGGAAGUGGAGAGCCCAGUCGUGGAGUCCUGGACGCCCUGCUGGAGGGCAAAGCUCAGUGGGGCUCCAAUUUACAGGUGACUCUGAUCCCGACCCACGACACAGAGGUGACCCGGGACUGGUACCAGCAGACCCACGAGAGGCAGCAGGACCUGAACAUCAUGGUGCUGGCCUCCAGCAGCACCGUGGUCAUGCAGGACGAGUCCUUCCCCGCCUGCAAGAUCGAGUUCUGAGCUUUACGGGCCCCCGCUGUGCCCCCCCCCCCCCCCCCCCCCCCCCCCGCCCCACCGCCCCCCGGCCCCACCUCCCAGUCAUCUGCUUACAAAGGAGCGAGAGCAAAAACGGCACUCUGCUUCCUCAGAGCUUCUCACUCUCCAGCACAUUUGCUGCAGCCCUUAUUACGCUAGACUCUGAAACCUCUGGGGUUUUUUUGCUUUCUGUGACAGUGGGCUGAUCACUCUCGAGUGGAAUCCUACUACGUUGGUUUUUCUUCAGUGAGUUUAAUGCCCUGACCCACUUGUGUACUAGCACUUACAGUUGUGGUAGAAAAAGUCAAAGCAAUGUCAGGAGCAAAAAUCACAGCUGACAGCUUUCUUUGCCUCAUAUCUUACAUGAUAUAAUAGACAUCAUCGACUAAAGAUAAACAAGAUGUGGCUCUUGCACUUGUGGCUUAAAUCACCAUUAACCAGGGACAUUAAACACUCCCAAGAGGCAAAUCUCGUUUCCAAACGGCCACAAGACAAGUGCCAAAAGAGGAACGCUCAUUAACUUCUAUGAAAAACAUCUCCUGAAUGAUCUCUCGUCGCCGAUAGUUUCUUCAGAUUGUAUACGCGCAGUGCACAGACAAAAGUUUUUCCGUUUCAUUUCCCAUCGGUGCACGCGCGACAAAACUCACCCUUCGCUACUCCGCUGGCGCUAGUGUUUGGACAAACUCAAUAUUAACAUAAAUCGAUGUUAUGUUUAAAAAAAAAACAAAAAGGAAAAAAAAAUUAAAAAAGGAAACGUUUCUUCUUGUCAUUUGUGCUGACGUGUUAGGAGGAGCCCGAAGCUGCCACCCUGUGAAAGCUUUCUUCUCGACCUCCACAGCUUUGCUGGUGCAUGAUGCUUGCGUUUUAGCUCGGACUCCUCCGGAGAGAAAUGCUUAGGGGUCGAUGUUUAACUUAGCCGGGGCUGCGAGCGUGGAAUGCAGUAUAGUGUGCAUAGGUUAAUACACUGUUUGGCCGUCUAUGCUCAAUUGAAUUCAAUAGGUGGCAGGCAAAAGGACAAUGUUUUUUCACUAAUCAUAUCUCUGCUGGCUGUCAUGGUUCUUCUUCAUCAUGGUCUUUGUUGGUCGUACGUGCUCCAGUAUACAUAUUGGGUAAAUGUUUCUAUAUCGAUACAGAGGUUAUUUAUUUUGUGGUGAUGAAGCAAAUUAGGAUCCUGAGGUGAAUGCAACGUUUUUGGUGUUGCGCUUGAGAAGCGUUUAUUUCAUAUUUCGCUCAUUUCCUACUUGUUCAGCUGCAUUUUUACCGUCUCCGUCCAUAUCACACCGCGAUGGGGGGAAGAAUAAAACACAAACAAGCAGUGACCUGUGACAAAUGUAGCAGAGAAAGCUCGUCUGUUCGGCCCUUCGGAGGGGAACAAUACGCCAGUCGAACUUGCAAUAUUUGUGUGUGGGGUUGGGGUCAUGUUUUCUGGAGAAAAUAUAUGUUUUAUGUGUUACAGGAGGCUUCUUUCAUGUGCCUUUCGAUUGUGGCUUUGGGGAGAUCAAAAUUGUUCCGAGGACGUUGUGAAGCUGACCCAGAGACCAGGGUCAAUCAAGUCAGGGACCAAUCAGUUCAUACAGUACACACACAAACGGUAUCUACACCCAGGACGCUUCACUCGCGGCCUCCAAACUUAGGAAGUGAAGUUUGAAGCCGUGCAGCCCAAUUCUCAACUCCUCAUCCUGAAUUGCCACUUUGGAAAACUUCCAAACCAACAUGAAUGUCUUUGAGCGAGGAAUUGCACCAAAUAGGAGCGCACUUUUUCUGAGGGGGGGGAGAGAGAGUUUAGAAGUUGGAUGUACGUUUGCAGUUGAAGCACAGAGAGUUAGUGUAGCAGCGGACAAUAACUUUUUACUAUAAUACCACACGUGUACCUGAGACGUUCCUUCCGAACUGAGCUCGCUGUUUCGCGAGGGACGGCAACGUUAAAUGUGACGCGGUAGCCCGAAUAUUAAUCCCAGAGUAAUAUUUAUAGGAUGAGCAUGAAUGUGAUGGAUACGAUUGUACUGGGCACAGUUAUGAAGUAGGAAUGCGUUAGAAGGAGUUCCGUGCGCGUGAGAGUUUACAGUGCACAAGUCGAUGUCGGUGUGCGAGGCGCGGCCUUUCCGGGGGGUUCAGCGUGAGAGGUCUUUCUGCUUGUUCACAGCCUGACGCGGGAGCAGCUCAUACGUACGCUCGCGUUAAAUUGAAUUUCUAGUAACAGCUUUACAUUUUCACAACAUCCACUUGGGUUUUAAUUUUCUCCCAAUUUGUGUCGAGAGGCAAAUGCAAGUUUAGCUGUUUUUUCCUCUUUGGCUUACGUUUCAUUAUUUAUUCGGGGGUUUUUUUUGGGGGGGGGGGGUUGCAGACAUAGUUGAGGCUAGAGGAUGGGCCAGGCUGAGUGCAGCAGGGCAGGUUCGGUUUCACCCAGUUCUUUACCUCAGUCUGAUUCAAAACGUGACAUGGCCUCCGUUCAUGUUAACUCGUGUGCUAGCCGGGACCAGUGCCAAUUUUAUUUCCUGUAAGACUUACAUUAGCACGACUGUAUACCUCAUCUUCCAAAGCCUCCGUGCUCAUCGCUCUGCCCGGCCCACCUUUACUUUCGAAGCAUCGACAAGGGAUUUUUUUUGUGGGUUUUUUUUUUUCUCCAGCGUAAUAGCCGUCCAUCAUGCACUGUGUGAGCCUUGAUACGCAUCCGACUCCUCGCGGUGUUUCAGGAGCAGACAUCGGGCAGAAUGGAGGUUUGACCCCGGGCUGUGUAUAGCUGGGCACACACGAGAACACACACAUCUCGGUCCUGGGGGGAGUUGAUCAACCGAAGGGGCACGUUACCAUGUGCACAUCGUGUUCAAAUUGACUCCACUUCACACCUAAAUGUUUGUAAAAGCAUCAAGCAAAAAGUCCUUUUCACCCUUCCUUCGAUUGCUGUAUGGAAAUGUAUCCAAAAACAGGAAGAAGCUUUUUAAUGCGAGGAUCAGAUUUUCUUUUUUUUUUUUUUUUGGUGGACGCUCUGCUGCGUUGCACUGUCUUUUGAUUAUGUUUUUAAGUCGGCAGAUUCCAAAUACCCGGUCUCGAGAUGCUCAACGCUGUGAAAACUACUCAGUACUGGACUGUAGAACUAUACAGAGGCUGAAUGCACUAUACAGGAGAUCUAUUUUUCUGAAUGUAGAGUUGGUACUAUCUCAUGAAUGCUGCUGGAUCAAAAACAAUAGACCAAAAAAAAUAAAAUAAAAACAAACAAAAAAAAAUGUAAACAUUCACACCUACCUAGACAGAAAUCAAUUCUAAGGGAGCACAGAAUGAGGGCAGAGCCGCUGUCGUCUGUUCUGGCAACACUGUCAUUUCAGUCACAGUUCUGAUCCAAAGACGGAGAGAAGGUUGGAUUUUUCAACGGAGAUCCCAUAACAACCAUAGAAUAACAGUAACACAGAAAUGGUAAAAACUGAAGCUUUUUCCUUUUCCUGAAUAUGACUUGAAACACAUGCAGACUCAAAAACCAUCAAUAAAAUUAAACGAAUCCUACACGUACACAGCGGCGUACGUGGCGCUCUGGAAGGACCGCGUGGAAGACACGAUAUAACAACUAUCCAUCUCGUGGUACUUGUUCAUUUCAGCUGAUUUUAGUGACAGUAUGAUCGACACUACGCUAACUGUUCCAUGAACCAAGAAAUAUAUUCAAAAACGCUGACAAGAUACAGAAUGAUAGAAUGUGCAUCUUUCAGUUCAAUUCCAUCGCCAUAUCCGCAUCAGAAUGAAGAUAUCGUUUGAUCACAAUAUGGCGUCAUCUGUCCAUCUAAUCUUUCUGCAUGUGAUUUAUUUAGUUAUAAUCCUGAAUGUAAUUGUUUAACAUGGAAAUAAUAAUGCAAAAAAAAAUUAAAAAUACAAUGCUAUUUUACAGAGGUAUAUUUGAAAAAUGAAAAUUAAAAAAAAAGCUACUUGUCUUAACUGGUACUGAAAUGACCUACAGUAAUAUACUACUGGGCUGUGCUUUUAUUGUUUGCCCUAUUGACAUGUUAAGAAGACACUGUAUUAGUAGUUCUGUUUUAUUCUCUCUCAUUUGUUUUCCAUUGUAUUGAUCUUAGUUUUGUUUUUCUUCCUCAGCGCAAUAUUCAAUAUCUCUCUGUCUCUUAAAAUCUAACUGGUUAAACUAGAACUACUGCAGAUUCAUUGUAAAAGGGAAACAGCCUGGUGAUCAUCAAUUAAAGUACAUUUAAAUCUGAA